CCUUCCCCACAUAAUUUCAUGCUCACUAAACAUCACUCUCCAACAUUCCGUAUAUAUAUAACUCAAUAGUCUUUUGCUGUUUAACAAAUCGUACCUCAAACCCCAAAACCUUCUUGUUUUCUUGCAAUGAAAACCAAUUGUUGUUCCCAAUUGCUCCAAUUACUCUUCGGGUUGGCUCUUCUAUUGGGCCUAGCGAAACCCGACCCGGAUCCGCUUCAAGAUUAUUGCGUUGCGGAUAACAGCAGCCCACAAUCUCUGUUCCUCAAUGGCGCACCCCCUUGCAUUGACCCAAAUCGAGCAACCCCUUCCGACUUUGCCACGUCCGCUCUAUCCAAGCCCGGCGAUACGCGCGCCAACUUUGCCGGGUCCAAUGUCACACUAACCAACACCGUCAAUUUGCCUGGGCUGAACACUAUGGGCCUGACCCUGGCCCGAAUCGACAUAGAGGCCAAUGGGUUCGUGCCACCGCACUCACACCCGCGGGCCUCGGAAGUAACCAUUUGCCUCAAGGGCGAGCUGGUUGUGGGCUUCGUGGACACCUCUAACCGCUUCUAUACACAGAAACUGCUGCCCGGUGACUCAUUUGUUUUCCCCAAGGGUUUGAUCCAUUUUCUCUCCAACGCCGACGAAACGCUCCCGGCGCUAGCCGUGUCGGGGCUCAAUAGCCAAAAUCCUGGCGCCCAGCUCGCAUUGUUAGCCUCAUUCCCAACAAAGCCUGGGAUUCCUGACGAGCUAUUGAAGAAGGCGUAUCAAAUGAACGGCCUAGAUGUGGCCAGGAUUCGGAGGAACCUUGGAGGGUGAUGUUUAUACUUUCUGGAAUACUAAGGUGACAACUCGUGCUAUCAGAACAUUUAUGUUUGCUUGUGCUGUUGGCCAUGGGGAAGCCCAUCUUCUUUCCAGGUGAGAGGGAUUUUUCGCAUAUCUCAUUAGCUUCUAUAAUCUUCCCAACCUUAUGUCAUGACACGUCGUCUUGAA